AUGAGGAGGUCUAUUGAAGUAUGGCUGAAGACAGGACGGUGUCACAGCGAAAUCCUCGCGGAACAGAAGAUGAGCGAAGGUGAGCUGCGGAAGCCUGGAGCAACCAUUAUAUUGUGGCUGAAAUGUGAACAGACAGUACACGACGAGCGUUUGAAUGCCCGCGUCGACUCUAUGCUCGAAGAAGGUUUGAUACAAGAGUUACUGGACUUCCACGCCAGGCACAACAUGCACAGGAUACAAGAUGGAAAGCCUCCAGACUAUACCAAAGGCAUCUUCCAAACUCUCGGCUUCAAAGAGUUCCACGAGUAUUUGAUGCUAUCUGAAGAGGAACGAAACAGCGAAGUAGGAAAGAAAUUACUCGAAAUCAGUAUAGAGAACAUGAAAAUGGCAACACGCAGGUACGCCCGCCGGCAGAACAAGAUGAUCAGAGGGAGGUUCUUACAACAUCCUACAAGACAAAUUCCACCAAUUUAUGAACUAGAUACUACAGAUGUUUCCAGAUGGGAUGAACUGGUUAAAAGUAAAGCUAUAGAAAUUAUUGAAAGUUUUCUAAAUGAAUCUCCUUGUCCAAUUGAACCACUGAAGUCUGAAAUUAGUGAAGAAAAGCGAAAUAUCGACGGCAACUCCUACAAUUACUGUGAUGUAUGUAACAGAGUUCUGUUAGGUGAUGAUAUCUAUGCCAUUCAUCUUAAAUCUUUCAGGCAUAUGAGAGUGCUAAAGAAAAAGAAGCGCCUUGAGAAGAAAUCCAAAAACGCAGAAGAGUCAUUGAAGUGUGAUUAA